GGCACCAAAGGAACAACUGGUACCAAGGGAACCACUGGAACCAAGGGAACAACCGGAACUAAAGGAACGACUGGAACUAAAGGAACAACCGGAACUAAAGGUACCACUGGAACCAAGGGAACAACAGGUACCAAAGGUACAACGGGAACCAAAGGUACAACUGGAACCAAAGGUACAACACGAAAGGGUUGUGACGAAAUGGAAUACAUCAAUACUCUGAUCGCCACAAACUCUGUUCGUACAACACCCAAGGAUAUUCCAAAUAAGGAUGAUCUGAUCAAGAAGGGUGUUGACUUCACUGACAAGAACCCAACCUUUGUGAUUGAUAUCCCGAAGGGUGGCGCUAUCGUACGUGACGUCAAGGUUCCAUCGGACAACAUCGCCCAAAUCGAAGUUAUAUUCAAACCCGAAUCUGGUGACAAGGUUGUCAAAGUGACUGGUGCUCCAACAUCGCUCCCGAAAGAUAACUUCCCAACAGACAAAGUCAGCGAGAUCAUCAUCAAAGUGAUCAAGACAACUGAUGGUCAAGCACCGAAAGAUGUCACGCUGUCAAUCAUUGCCUGUGCUGAGGGUGUCACCACUGGUACAACAGCACGACCAGGUACAACAACACCUGGCUCGAACUACACAAAGGGAACCACUGGCACCAAAGGAACCACUGGCACCAAAGGAACAACU